AUGUCGGACCCCAAAGAAGCGGAAGCCCUUUUGGCGGACGAGGAAAGCGAAUUUGUCGACUCCCGUGGCAAAACAUUCACCCUGGUCGUCAAACCUGUCCGGGAAUAUGUACCAGUUCUGGGGCCUGCGACGAUGGUCAUGGACGUUGAUGGUCUCACCAAUUGUAUGGGUCAGGUGAAGACGGCAACUGAUAACUACGUUCUCAACCACUCCCUUGUCUUUCCCCAGUCCAAAGGGUACGCUACCAACUAUCGUUUCAUUCGUGCUGGCAACAUGUUGGCGGCCGAGGCAUCCAACCCUCAGUUUGGUCAUGGGCUCAGUAUGGUCCCCAUGCCCAAUGGACGGUUCUGGCGCCUCGCCUACAUUCUCAAUGGUAAUCCCUCGAAUUUCUCUUCUUCGAAUCUCAAGGCAUACGAUGCAGCCAAAGACAACAGAGCUGCUAUGAACAUGGCUGAGAGCACUCGCAAGGAGAUGUAUGCUGGAGGAGCGAUGUUAGAGACGAGGUUCGGCAAGUUAGAGAGAGGUCAGCAGGAGCUUCUACGUGGCCAGGGUGAACUCAAACGUGGCCUUGGUGAAGUCAAGUCCAAUAUGGACACCCUGAUGAUUGCGCCUGCCAAAGCCAGGUCAAUUUGGUUGGAAGCGAAGAAGAAGCGUCUUCUGGCUUUUAAGCAACCUUGCGCGGAGCGAAAUCGCAUUCAAAAGCAGAUCGACGAGGCGGAGAGGUCGAUGCCUCAAGCUGCUAUCAUUCAUAGCUCUGGCGACAAUAUUUCUGGUCCCUCCACGCCUGGGACACCAGCUCAAGGUUGUCGACCUCUGUCUUCCACCACUUCCUCCGUCAUCUCGUCUCACCGCCUUGAAUCAUGUUAUCUUCCCCAAUUUGUCUCUCCUUCGAAUGAACUCACACCAGGGAGGAUUGGAACGAAAGAACCUCAAACCUUUAUGUAUGUCUCGGCACCCUACGACUACCAUGCCUCCAACGUUUUCAGCGUCCUCGACACUAUGGCCCUUAGAAACAUGCUCCAGGAUCUUGGCUAUGUGGUUUCCUUUGCCUCUGGAUCCAGCGAGAAAGCCAAUCAGGUCGAUAUCCUUCUCACCUUCGUCAAUUCGCUCGAUGAGAACCCUGUUGUCUCCUAUGACGACGACUCAAUCACUCCUCUCAUUCACAAGCUCGCUUCCAGCUCAGAUGUCGGAGUCGUCAACAUCUUCGCGACCAAGAUGGUGGGCAAUGGUCCAGUCAGACGAGGGUAUGUUUGCAGGAAUGCCCGGACGACAGUCGCCCUGGAGAACCCUGGGCAUGUCGAUCUCAUUUUGGUCACGGAAUUUGAAGAUCUACUUGACGACAAAACCGGCAACACCUUCCAAGUGCUGGUCCAGAGCCCACUCUUCUUCAUUCCCAUCUCGCAUCCAUUCCAGCUUGUCAUGUAUGUCAAGGCAACGCAUUAUGAUAUCCCCCAGAUCAGGUGCUAUGCCGAGGACAUGGUCAAGGCCUUCAACACCAACAACCAUGAAGCCAGGGGAGUCAUCAACAAUUGGCGGCUCGUCAUGAAUGGUAACUUCUUAUCCUGUGAGGCCACCAACCCAAACCUCGCCAUGCACUUGGCGACGAUACAGAUGCCGUGCAAGCGAUUCUUCCGACUCGCUUACGACAUCAACAACAACCCUGCCGCCUUCAAACGCGAGGCGCUUCUCUCAUACGAUGCUGCCAAACAAGCCCAAUCCCUUCGAACGGAGAUGAAAGUCGAUGUGACCCUUCUUCAAGGACAGAUCUCAUCUCUCGCCAUGGCUUCGAAUGGCCUUCACCAACGUAUGUCCCAGCUGGAACAGCGAGUGGGAGGCAACGAGCGUAGUCUGAUGCAGAUCGAAUCGGAUCGCAAGUUCUGGAACAAUGUCAACGCUCUCCGUCGACAGCUCCGGCCCUUUCGCACCCUACCCUCUGACCAACCUCACGUUGAGCGCGAUCGCCUACAAGUCAAACUGGAUGGUCUCCUAGCUCAGGGUCCUCCCGAAUUGCCAGUCGCCGCAGAGCCCGUGCCCAACGCCCCAAUUGCGGCCAUUGCAACUCUCCAGAUCGGAAACACUCCACAGAACGGUCACCCCGUGGCGGCGAAGUUCGACAAUCGUAGGGUAUCCAAAAGGAUGCGACUCAGUGAGGCUCUGGAGUAA